AUGAUCCGGGCCUUCUCGUUCCCCGUGAGCCCGGAGCGGGGCCGGCUGCGGGGCUGGCUGGAGGGCAGCCUGGCCGGCCUCUGCGAGCUGCACUGGCUGCGGGAGCGCCAGGAGUUCCGCGUGCGCCAGGCGCUCCGGCUCGGUCAGCCGCUGGCCACGGGCGCGGGGCCCGGCGAGGCGGCCGACGACGGCCGGGACCAGGAGGACGAGGCCCUGGGCGACGACGAUGGCGAGGAGGACGACGACGAGGCGGCGGCGCGCCGGGCCGCGGCCGCGCUGGAGGAGCAGCUGGAGGCCCUGCCUGGGUUGAUGUGGGAACUGGGUCAACAUCUGGGAGAGCUGAGCUUGGAUGCUGAAGGCCUGGAGGAAGAUGUUGGUUUGAGCUCAGGUUUCUAUGAAGGCCCUUCCCCUACUGGUCCAGACUCCCCUCCUUCAACGUUUGGAGCUGACAGUGGUUUCUCUGGCUCCGGUUCCUACAGCCGCCUAGGCCCCUCUGAGCCCCGGGGAGUGUUUGCCAGCAAGAGGCCCAAGUCUCUGGGAGAAACGGGCCCCAGCUCCCAGGAGGCCUCCGCGGGAGGCCAGGUAGGGGUGCCUCGCUCCUUCUCGGCUCCCUACCCGACUGCUCCCCAGGAGGCCGGGCCCGGGGGCGUGACCUCCUUCCUGUCGCCCAGCCCGCUCCAUGCAGUGGCCCUGCAGAGCCCCCGCCUGCGCGGCCGCCUCUAUCCGGACUCAUCCAUCGCUGGGCCCCCGGACGGCGCUGUCCCUGGUCGCCACCUGGAGAGUUACAUCUCGGGCCUUCUGCGGCGCCGGCGGCGACUCCGUGGGCGGCCAGGGCCGGGCCAGCCCCGCACCAGUCCCGGCCCCGGGCCAGCCGAGCCGCCCGCAGCCCUCCGACGGCAGAACAGCGCUCGGCAACGGUCCGAGGAGUCGACGCACCCCAGCGUGGGCGGCUCGCCGGGGCCUGGGGGCUGGCCGCCCUGGGACUCCAGCCCGCCUCCAGCCGAGCCUGCGCCCGCAGUGAGCUCCUCACCCCCCAGCCCGGGGGAGGGCCGGCUGGUGAAGGCCCAGUACAUCCCCGCGGCACACGGAGGAGUCCGCGGGCCUCCAGUGGCCCGCGCUGCCCGCCGCAAGGGCCCGCCGCCUCCCCCGCUCACUCGCGGCCGCAGCGUGGAGCUGUCGCCUCCGAGGGAGCGGCCCCGGCCGGGAGGCGCCAGGAAAGGCCGGUUCCCCGACGGCGCGGCCCGCCGCGGCUCCCCGCGGGGCAAGAAGGCCGCCCGCUCGCAGUCAGAAAACAGCCUUCUGAACAGGCCAGGCGCUGGCCCGGGCGAACCCAAGUACCAUACGGUGGAGAGGGAGGAGCCGAGGCCGGCCCGGCCCCGUCGGACCCCGGCGGGCGCAGCCCCUGCCUCCUCGCGCCGCUGGCGCUCCACGGCCGAAAUUAGCGGCGAGGAGGCCGAGGGCGGGCGGCGGGUCAAGGCUGCGCCUCGCGGGGGCGGGGGCCGGGCUGUCGGAGGGGUCCCGGGGCCCUCGCCUGCCCCUCCGCGCCGCCUCCUCUACGGCUGCGCCGGCAGCGACUCGGAGUGUUCGGCGGGCCGCGGCGGGGCAGUCGGACGCCGGGGUCCCCCCCUGGGGGGCAGCGGCAGCGGCUACGGGCCGGCCUACGGCGAGAGCGAGUCGAGCGCCAGUGACGGCGAAUCUCUCGCCUUCAGCUCAGCCUCCAGCGACUCGGAGGGCAGCGGCGGCGGCCUGGUGUGGCCCCAGCAGCUGGCGGCCGCGUCGGCGGCGGCCGGGCCUGGCGGAGGCCCGGGGGGAGGCCAGGGGAAGGUCUUCGUCAAGAUCAAGGCCUCCCAUGCGCUCAAGAAGAAGAUCUUACGGUUCCGCUCAGGAUCGCUGAAGGUCAUGACCACAGUGUGAGCUCGUCCGGCGCAGCGCGAAGGCGAUUUGCCCAGCCCUUCUUUGGCUGACUAGACUGGGAGCCAAGGACGCCAGGGUUCGCCCACUGAUUCUCGGCGUGGACUUGGGCGAACUCGGGGCCUCUGUUUCCCUGGCUGUAGAAUGGACUCAGUGAAGUAGGCAGCAUGGUGUAAAGAAAUUUGGAAUGAGAUCUGGGUUCAAAUUCCGCCUCUGCCACUCGCUAGCUGAGUGACCUGGAGCAAGUCCCUUCCGCUCUCUGAAAAGUGAGGCGGUUGGACAUCCAAUUUCUAAGGUCCCUGCCAGCUCUGACAUUCUAUGAACCUAGGAGCCUCUAAGGAGCCCCUGCCCUGUACUGAAGGGGUCUCUACUUUCCUAUCCCUUUCUGGCCAAGGAAAUCCUCUAAGUUUGGGUCCCCCCACCAAGUUCCUUCUUUUUUGGGUGUUCUCCCUUUCCCAUCUUCACUGGUCCGUUUACGGUCCAUUCAGCUGGGCCAUGUUUCCAUUCACUCUCCCAACCCUACCCUAUCUGUCACCGAGAUGACAGAGAUGGCCAGUAGAUGACGUGGGGAAACUCUCCUAACCUCUGACGGGGUACACUGUGUUGAGUCCAGUAGUGCUAAGCCUCCCUGUCAUCUUUUUUGAUCGCUCUGUUUAUAAUCCAAUUUGGGGGCUGAAAAACAGCUGAGGGCCUGAGCUCCCUGGUGCUUCCUAGCCCUUUCUUGGUGACCUUGGGUGAGAAGUAAAACGGGGUGGGGGUGGGAAGGAACAUAUUUUCAGGGAUAGAGCUCGAGGGAGGAGGCCAGAGGGGCACCAAUUCUUAAUUAGUUUUGUUUUUUAAAUUGCUGUAUUUAUUAUAAUGACGGCGACUCCCCAGGCAAGGGAUUGUGGGAAGAUGGAGGAUGGCUAUCCUGUCACAUACCCACCCUUGUCCCACGGGAGCCAGACCCUGUUUGUUUCUAUAUUCUCUUUGUAAAUAAAUCCACAGUGUCA